ACUUUUUCUGGGGGCACCAACACCAUCUGAACCUCGAGGGAAGGGCUCUGGGUGCUGUGUGUGGUUCCACACUGUCCAAGCCUCUUCCUCUCCCCACGGGAGCCAAAGUGACCCGAGUGGGUUUGUGCAGGCGGCGCCUCUGGGGGAGCAGCAGAGGCUGGGCAGCGGAUGUUGGGGUUGGUGAUUCACAGGGGACAGGAAACCAGCAACUGCUCACAAGCCCUGGAGGAACCAGUCCAGCCCCGGCAGCUGCAGCCCAGAGGUGCUGGAGGAGCUGGGACACGUUAGGGAGAGCGGCUGAGGCUGUGGGGUUGGUGACCCUUUAAAGAAGUUCAAGGUCAUCCCUGUAAAACCUCUCUGAAAAGCGACAUUGGUGGAUGUUCCCUCCUCCCUGCUGCUCCUGGCCAUCACCAGCUCCAAGGCUGGAUGUGGCUGGGCCAUGGUGCAGCUGGAGCUGUGGGCGGCCGCGGCGCUGAUGCUGCUCGGGGCGGCCAUCGGCCUCUGCAUCAGGUGCCGGCUCUCAGCUACCAAACGGGAGACACAGCUGAAUGAGUGGAGGAGCCAGCUCGAAAGCCAGCGGAGAUUUGAGGUGAUUCGAUCCCAUACCACUGCAACCCGAAGGCUGGAAAAAAUUAAGGAACCCGAAAACUUAUCAAUAGCAAGGAAAGUCACUGAAGAGCUCCGUGCUUCCCAUCACACUGGAUAUGGGAGCAGGGACGAGUCCAGGUACCAGAAUUUCCUGGCAGAGAACUGCCUGCAAGAAGAUGCUGCCUAUGUGGAGCCCGUAUCUCUGGGAUACUACUACAAUUGCCCCCGGUUCUUCGAUCCACUCCGUGGCAGGUCUCCAGGCAGGCAAGCAGAGAAAGAUGAGGAUGAGGAUUCCUAUUCCUAUGAAAAUGUCACCAUUGGAGCAUCCCAGGGCUCUGAUCCAGAUGAUGCUGCAGACUACGAGAACAGCGUGGCAAUACACACGUGGAAACUCCAGCAAGGGCAGGCCCUGCUGACAGAAAGCCUGGAUGACGAGCCAGACUACAUCAAUGCAGGUCCUGGGUCAGGCCCUGCCCUGCUGUCACAGCAAAGCAUUCUGCACGAAGUCUGAAGAACUCUUUUGCUGAGCUGUAAGAGAGCACCCAGCGAACAUGCACACAGGGAGAGGGGAGAAAUCCAUCCCUCAGUGAAACCUUUUCUCCAAACUGUGCCUGCAAUGACGUAGAAGGGGUGGUACUGAAAGGAAGAAAUGCACUUUUUGAAGCCCCACAGAAGUCCAACUGCAAACCAGCAACUGGAGAAAAAGCACUCUGUCCCCAGCAACCACGGGCAAGCCCCAGGAUCCUCAUCCCCAUCUCAUUUCCCUGCAUGUCCACUCGAAGGUGGCAAUGUUUUCUCCUGUCAGGCAUGAAAUGAAUCCUUAACUUGCUGAGCAGUAAUGCAGCCAGCUACUUAAUCUGUCAGGGUGACUCAUGCACGAUGGUAUUGAGCCAUGGGGAUUACCUUCUGAUUUAGUUCCUGUGCUCUCCUAUAGAAGCAGUUUCCUCUGUGAGAGGAACUGGCAAGGCAGAGGUUGUGUUUAUAACAGCAGUGGUUGUCUGGAGCUGAAUGAGAUUCCAACCUGUUCACAAAAGCUAAAGAAGAUUAAAUGUCUGCCUUAUCCAUGGUUUGUAAUUCACAGUGUUGGUCUCUGGCAGUUUUCUUUGUGUUUCAGUAGCUGUUUUAUAAUGAUACAAAGAACCAGCAGCAAGUGUGAGAGUCAGAUCCACAGCCACCAGCCUCAGAAACUGCCCCAGUCCCUCAAUAUGGCUGUUGGAAUAUCAUCCCAGAAAUUAUAUCCCUAUCUCCUGAGCCCUGAUGCACAGAUCUGGCACUUCUGGAACACUUAUUUAUUAAAACUCAACUCUUUCAAAGAAAAUGAGGUGUUUUGCUAUGGUUUGCAAUGAUAGAUGUCAGCAUGAUCAGGUGACAGAAAUGGGAGGACAUGAGGUGACAUGGAGCAAUGUGCAGGAUCUUAUGGGGAGAAAAUGCAUUAAAAGCCUUCUCAAAAUCAGAUCAGAAAAGCGUGUUUCAGGAAAGAACACAGCCCACACUCACGGUGAGUGAGCAGAGAGAGGGAGUUGAGGGUUAGAGACCUCGGAGUGGGAGAAGGGAUGUCAGGUGCUUCCUGCUGCAAAUGACUUGGCUCUAAUUUUAGCAGAAUCACCAAGAGAGACCACAGGUGCCCACCGUUGCUGCAGCUGAAACAGUGGGUGGGUUGGAGUUUGGCUCAGCAAAAGGUUUGCUAGU